GGUGUAUUAUAUUGACACAUCAGCAACCUGUAAGCAGCCAACGCAACUGCCACACACUCAGGUCCGGGUGCCAACGACUACGGCCACUUUUUGAUCUUCAAUGUAGUCCACCAGUUACACUCGACCGCCGACCGUCGUACGUACAGCUCCGUCUGCUGACGCGUUUGCAUCAACAGUCUCGUCUCCAUACGUGGCUAAACCCCCUUUAACUGUCCAGCUGCUGAGUGCUGUUUUGAAAAUGGCCCCAAUCAAAGGCAGAAAGGCUGCCGCCAACAAGAAUUUGCCCAUACUCAGCCAUGAGUUCGUCAUUCAAAACCAUGCAGACAUCAUGUCCUGCGUGGCCAUGGUCAUCGUCAUCGGUCUCAUGGUUCAGUUGACUUCUCCGGUGUCUUCAUUGUUUGUGGCCCUGCAAUAUGUUCAGACCCCCGGACCUAACACCUUGCAAACAUAUGGUACAGGUCUAAAGGAUUUGUUUGCUAUAUUUUUUUAUUUCCUCAUUUGCAUCAUAUUCCAUGCCAUCAUUCAAGAAUAUGUUCUGGAUAAAAUUUGCCGUAAAUUGCAUUUAUCCAAAUCAAAAAACUCAAAAUUCAAUGAAUCUGGACAGCUGAUUGUGUUCAAUGCAGUUUCUAUGAUUUGGGCAUUAGACAUUGUUGUGAAAGGAAAUUGGUUGGCUGAUCUUUCAUCAUUAUGGAUUGGAUAUCCAUACAGCACUCUAUCGUUUUCAACAAAAUUUUUUUACAUAAUCCAAUUUGCUUACUGGGCUCAUAUUAUGCCAGAACUAUAUUUCCAAAAAAUUAAAAAAGAGGAUAUGUUUAGCAGAGUGAAAUAUUCUGUAUUGUACUUGGCUUUUGUCUCGGCUAUAUACAUAACUAAUUUCCACCGUAUUGGUGUUGUAUUACUAUUGUUGAAUUAUGUUUGUGGAUUUACUAAACACGCCGUUAAAUUGAUUGACAUCACUGAGAAAGAUGAAGAUAGUAAAAAAGUUCAAUUGGCCCAAAAUGUGUACAACUGGUUGUUUUAUGCUGUACAAUCACUGACAUUAAUCCUAUCUCAGACGAUGCUAUGGUUCGGUCUUAAAGGUGUGCCGUACACUGGAGAAUUGCGCGAUUUCAACACCCCCAUGUUCAAAUUAAUAUGUUCGAUCGGUGCAUUGGCUAUACAAGCAUGGAUUGUUCAUGAAUUCUUGAACAACCAAAAUUCCAAUGGUCUCAAUUUAUCUGCAUCAUUUGGAUUAAUCAAAUCCAAACCAAAAACAACAGAUACUUCUAACAAAAAACGCAAGAAUGCAGCUUCCCGGAAGUUUAAUGAAUUGACUGAAGCUGAUCAAAACACUAAAAAAACAUUAAAACAUGAAGCGAAGAAAGCAGCAAAGAUCGCAAAGAGUGUAAAAUAAUUUUUGAUCAACAAGUUGUUUGUUGACGCAUGUGCAAUAUUUUGUUUAUCAUACAUUGCAUUAUGUUAGAAAUAUGUAUGCGACCUUUACAUAAAUUUAAUAAUAACUAUAUUAAUUAAUGUUUUCUUCCUAUACAUACUAUAAUAUACGUUAAGUACAAUUUAUUUUUAUUUAAAAUUUUAUUGCUAAUUAUUAUGGUCAUUAAUGUUUUUUUUAUGUUAUGUAUGAUAUAUUAUAAGCUUUUUAAUCUUAAAAUCUUGUGAAUUAUAUUUUGUUUCGUAUUUAUAAUCAGUGUUUAAUACUAUAUUAAUUGUUCAAUUGUUGUGUUUUCUUUCAAGCCUACAAACCAGUUGAAUGCUGUUAGUUCUAUGGUUAAACAUUAUUUUAUUUUUUAUGAAAAUAUAGUCCUUUUUUUGUAUCUACAAAACUGUAUAUAUUUUAUAAUUAAGUGACAUCAAAACAUUAAUUAAAAAUCUAUUUUCCCCCUCCAUGAGUAAUUAUAAACAUUAAGUAUGUAAAUUCAUCUAGUUAAAUGUAUAUACAUUUUGUCAUGAUUAUUCAUAUAUAACUAUUAUGAAAUUUUAUUUUUGUUUUAAAUAAAAAUAUAUAUAUAUAUAUUAUAAUAUAUUGUUAGCGUAAUA